AUGGCGUCCCAACCGACUCCGAGCCCCCAGGCCGCUAAUCUCGACCGCUACGUCGUCAUUCACGUAGCAACAACGUGCGAUGAGCAUGGCGUCUACGUCACAAAGGACUCGGCUGAGGUGAUUGAGCUGGGUUGGAUCCUGCUCGAUGCAAAGUCCUGCGAAGAACUGCAUCGAGAAUCCGUCCUAGUCAAGCCCGUCAACACGCCAAUUACCGCGCUGUGCACCAGCUUGACAACCCUCACCUGGGAUCAGGUCCGCAACGCCGGUAGUUUCCGUGACGCAGUUGAGCGGUUCAACAACUUCCAUGCCGAGCACAUUGCCCCCCAAAACCUCGAGUUUGCCUUUGUUACGCUUGACUCGUGGGACUUGCGCGUUCAGCUGCCCCGUGAGGCCCGAGACAAGUCGGUCGUGCUCCCGCCCUAUCUGCAACAUUCACGCACCUUUGAUCUUCGUACCGAAUACCAGCGGUGGCAGGCACACCACCCAGAGUCCCUGCCCUUUGGCUCAAGCGCGUUGACCAACAUUUGUGCAGCCCUGGAAGUGGAGCCAGUGCAAUCCUCUGCGCCAAUCAAGCACAACCUUCCCUUUCACCUCCAGGCUCUCGCACCUGCCUCGCCGAGGCGGGCUAUGGAAGAGGCAGUCACCCUGGCUCGAGUCUUGCGGGGUCUGAUCCGCAAAUCACAACCUCCCCAAGACCACCCCGACGUUCUUACUAAGCCCAUGGAUGCCCGGGCUGACGUUCGCGCCUUCCUCUCAGAGCGAAGCAAAGUCCUACACAUGAGCGGUCUUCCCCACGACACUACCCAAUCCGAGCUAGAGAGCUGGUUUACACAAUUCGGCGGCCGCCCAAUCGCUUUCUGGACCCUGCGUACCCCAGAUCAGCACAAGCCCACCGGCACAGGAUUUGCCAUUUUCUCUUCUCACGAAGAGGCAGCCGAGAGUCUCUGUAUGAACGGACGAGCCCUGAACGAGAAGGCUAUUGAAGUCUCUCCAUCAUCUAGCCGCGUGCUCGACCGCGCCGCCGACAUCAUUACGCCGUUCCCUCCCAGCAAGAACCGUCCCCGCCCGGGUGACUGGAAUUGCCCUUCAUGUGGCUUCUCCAACUUCCAGCGCCGUACAGCCUGUUUCCGAUGCUCUUUCCCAGCAAUGCAGCAGGGUCCACCAGGUGGUGAUCCCAUGGGCUACGGCGGAUACGGUUACGGUGGCCAUCCCGGCAUGAUGGGCCCUCCCCAGCACCACAUGGGCCAUGGACACGGCCACGGAAUGGGUGGUAACCACAUGCGUGGUGGUACUGGUGCAGUGCCUUUCCGCGCUGGAGACUGGAAGUGCGGCGAGAAUGCCUGCGGAUACCAUAACUUUGCGAAGAAUACUGCCUGCCUACGCUGCGGUGCCAGCCGUGCAGGUGCUGCUGUCGUUGCUGACUCUGCUUUCCCGUCUCCUAUGGAUACCCCCUCUGGCUUUGGCAUGGGUGCUCCCUCCAUGGGCGGCACACCCGGUGCUGGUCCUUACGGUCCCGCUGGCUAUGGUGGCGGUGGUUUCCCCGCUCAGCAGUACGGAGGCCCUCCCAGCUCAUAUGCGCUGCCUUCUGGCAUGGGCGCUGCUAGCCCUUACCCUCCUAUGGGCGCUCAGUACGUUCCCAACGGCGGCAUGCACACUACACCUUUCGACAGUCGUUCGGCCGAGGCUGCUUUUUCUUCUGCAGACCCAUACCCCAACCAGGGUGCUCCCAACGGCGGUGAUGGUCGCAACGAUCCCUUUGCCUUUCUCUCCACUGGCUUCGGCUCGCUCAACAUGAACGAUGACCGUCGCAACGUCUCAAACCCUGCCAACAAGUCACCGGCUUAA